CAUACACCAACAGCUCGCUCGAUUCUCGGGUGGGGUUUCGUUCUUGCCUCUACUGUCAUCUGCAGAACCGCAGUGGUGCGCCGACGAUUUGCACUGCUAUUCAUGUUCCGGGGCAGUCAUCUGCUGUAUUCGUUCUCCAGGUUCCGGGGUUUAUUGUCAAUCUCGGCGACCGGGCCAGUAAGCAGGUGUCUCGGGCAGAGCAUCCACCCUCUCUGUCCGAACGGACCACGGACGCAUUAGGUUACACGCGAACAUCACAACAGACAGUCGAUAAUAUCAGGACUGAGGACUCCAGAGAUGUGUGGACACUAAGCCUCAUCUCUCCAUGGCUUACCGGAAGAGGCCUGGACCCCAGGGCGUCGCCGUGGCGACUGAGCCCCCGUCUCCCCCUCGCCCCUGCUCCGCCCCCUACUCUUCAGAAGACCUCCCCCCCGAAGAGGCCCUGAGGGACCCCGAGGACCCCGACCCGGAAGAGGAAGUGUCCCCCCCACCACAGCACCCAGACUAUCCCGACCCCCAGGAGCCAGAGCUCCCUGACAGCCGGCCAGAGACCCCCGUCACCCCUGACCACACUCACGAGCACAGCGGUGGCGGCCACUGCCAUGGUCACCACCACCACCACCACCAUCACAGUGGCGGUUGCCAUGGUCACGCACACGGUCACGUGGACAGCCUGGACGACUCCAGCUCGGACUACGUGAACAACACAUCCGACGAGGAUGAGGAAGAGGAGGAGGAAGAGGAGGACUACGACGAGGGCCUCCCCGAGGAAGAUGAAGGGGUGACCUACUACAUCCGUUACUGCCCCGAGGACGACAGCUACCUGGAGGGCCCCGCGGACUACCACGGUGCCCCUGAGCCACCUCCGCUCCCGCCUUCCCCUCCGGCCGACACGGACGAGUGCCAGGAGGCGGUGGAGGAGUGGGGGGACGAGGUGGGGAGCGUUCUCCGCUGCGAGGUUCUCGAGCAGGACGCCGACGACCAGCAGUUGUACGACGGGCGACCUGAGCCCGUGCUGGACCACCUGCGCCCUCAGCAGCCCCCGGCCACACACAGCACCCACAGCACCGACCUGGUGGAGGACACUGGUACUGCGGCACAGGGGCAGGAGGGUGAGAAGGUGGGGGAGGAGUACCUGCCCAAUGACGAGGAGGGGGUGGAGGAUGAAGAGGAGGAUGAGGAGGAAGAGGAUGAGGAUGGCCGAGUGAGAGGGGACGGACGAGGUUACGCUGGCGAAUACUACGGUGGCCCGGAGGACAAUGGGAACUCGGUGUGUGCGUCUCAGUAUCGGGGGUCAGUGGGGGCGAACGAGGGCGCGGUGGUGGUGGGGUCGGGCGGAGAGGAGACCGAGGAGGACAUCGACCAAAUCGUGGCGGAGAUCAAGAUGAGCAUGAGCAUGGGCAGCCUGAGUAGCGCCAGCGGCAGUGCCAGCGCCACUGACCAGAGCCCAGACGAGCUGGCACUGGACCCUGCGCCCGCCUCCGUGCCCAACAGCACCUCCUACCCACCCGAGGCCCGCGCCAAGCCCCAGGGCACCGGCCCCCACCCCUCAGCCCCACAUCGCCACGACGGCCGGCCCAAGUCCCUCAACAUUCCCCCGGCCCGACACAACCCGGACGGGCAGAGGGGCUUCAAGGUGCAGCCGCGCAGUCCGGACGAGAGGCAGAGAUGGGCACAAGAGCAGGUGACCAAUAAUGCGGAACAGCCCAGGAAACAGCAGCGUUCCGACCUCAACGUUCCGCUGGAGAACAACAACGUUCCAGAGCCAACAAAGAAGACAACCGCCUUCCCCAGCUUUGUGGAUGUGCCAGGCCCGUGUGAGCCAGAGGACCUGAUUGAUGGGAUCAUCUUCGCCGCUAACUACCUGGGCUCUACGCAGCUGCUGUCAGAGCGGAACCCGUCUAAGAACAUCCGCAUGAUGCAGGCCCAAGAGGCCGUCAGUCGCGUCAAGAGGGUACAGAAGGCUGCCAAAAUCAAGAAAAAGGCGAGCCCGGAAGGUGAUGCCCAGACUCUGACUGAGGUUGAUCUCUUCAUUUCAACCCAGAGGAUCAAAGUCCUCAAUGCAGACACACAGGAGACCAUGAUGGACAACGCGCUGCGGACGAUCUCGUACAUUGCGGACAUUGGGAACAUCGUGGUGCUGAUGGCGCGUCGGCGCAUGCCCCGCACGGCUUCGCAGGACUGCAUCGAGACCACACCCGGCGCACCCGAGGCCAAGAAACAGUACAAAAUGAUCUGCCACGUGUUCGAGUCAGAGGAUGCCCAGCUCAUAGCCCAGUCCAUUGGUCAGGCGUUCAGCGUGGCCUAUCAGGAGUUCCUGAGGGCCAACGGCAUCAACCCCGAGGACCUGAGCCAGAAGGAGUACAGCGACAUCAUCAACACGCAGGAGAUGUACAAUGACGACCUCAUCCACUUCUCCAACUCCGACAACUGCAAAGAGCUGCAGCUGGAGAAGCAGAAGGGUGAGAUCCUGGGCAUCGUGAUCGUGGAGUCAGGCUGGGGCUCCAUCCUGCCCACGGUGAUCCUGGCCAACAUGAUGAACGGCGGCCCGGCCGCGCGCUCUGGCAAGCUCAGCAUCGGGGACCAGAUCAUGUCCAUCAACAACACCAGCCUGGUGGGCCUGCCACUCGCCACCUGCCAGGGCAUCAUCAAGGGCCUGAAAAACCAGGUUCAGGUGAAGAUGAACAUCGUGAGCUGCCCCCCUGUCACCACUGUACUCAUCAAGAGACCUGACCUCAAGUACCAGCUGGGCUUCAGUGUGCAGAAUGGCAUAAUCUGCAGCCUGAUGCGUGGGGGCAUCGCUGAGCGAGGUGGGGUCCGCGUGGGCCAUCGCAUCAUCGAGAUUAAUGGGCAGAGUGUGGUGGCGACGGCCCACGAGAAGAUCGUCCAGGCGCUCUCCAACUCCGUGGGCGAGAUCCACAUGAAGACCAUGCCAGCAGCUAUGUUCCGUCUCCUGACUGGUCAGGAGACUCCCAUGUACAUAUGAACCACCACAGCGACCCAGAGUGGGGGGGUGAGGACAACAUGCCGCAGGCCGCGGGCAUUUAACAGAGCCAUCAGUACCCAGACAUCAGCAGAGACGAUUUCGCAGAGCUGCCAACUCUCACACAUUGAGAGUGAGAUUCAUUCAUUUCAUUGGCUCCACACGCUCUUAGACCAAUCGAAUGCGUGAGGGUUGGCAGCUCUGCCGAUUGACACACUCCUCGCUCCCAUUCCUCCAUCCCUCUCUCUCUCUUCAUCCCUCUCUCUCUCUUUAGUCGUUCUUCAUCCCCCAAUCACCAGUCGCUGUUUUGUCUACUCCUCCAGUCUUCCCAUCCCUUCUGUCCGUCAUGUGACCGGUUCACCCCGCUUCCUGUCCUUCUUGUGGCUUCAGACAGCUCAGCUCAGCUUCACAGGGUUCAGAGGUGGUCCCCUGAUAUAAUGCCAAUGUUAUUUAUUAGUUCUGUUGUUGUUUGUGGAUUGUCAUGUUUUAUCAGGAGGGAAGGUAGUAAGAGACAUCACAAAUUAUUUUUAUAUGCUUAUAAAUAUUUACUUGUAAAUCCUUACUGCAUCUUACAUCCAGUCAUACCUUAGCUCUGCUUUGUUU